AUGGCCAAGAAGGAAGAAGUGAAGGAAGCGGUCGCGGAAGCACCUGUCGUUGUGGAAGUGCCCAAGGAUCCUCCGGGAUGGGAAUUGGUGUGGAAAGUCCUGACCAAAGACCAAGUGAACAUGCUUGUGGCGCUGUCGACUCCCGCAGCUGUCAUCACCGCUCUGUGCGAACUGCUGCACGUUGAACACUAUGCAGAUAACCCCCGGAGCCGAGCGUAUGUCGACUUUUGCUUUUACAACUUCAUGUUUGCCAAGGACGAGGCAGGGUUUUCCGCCGAGAAGCUGGCGCUGUUUUUUGCCAUUAUGGCCCAAGUCUUCGACCAUGCAACGUCUGCUCAAGAAGCAGUGUCAGACACAGACGAGCUACGAAAGGACGGCGACCCCACUCAAAUGCCAAAGCUGCCGUCACUAGUCGACAAUUAUUCCUUGUUCAAGAACCUGAUCAAACAACAUAGCGUCGACAUGCCGGGACCAGCGUCUGGUGUCCAACCAGUCGACAACCGACCCGAGUAUGUCGCCAUCUUUUCUCUUGACGACGUUCAGCGCAUUGUGCGGUACCUCACCAGCACAUUUUACCAGCACUUCAAGGCAUACCAGUGGGCUUUUCACGUGUAUCCUGCCUUUGUCCGUUGCGUGCACAGUGUUAUGAUCGAAACCCCGUUGGUUCCACCACCGCUGACGACAGCGUUGGAGCUCCAGUGCACUGACCCCCUAUGUACGACGGCAAGCCAUGUAGACGUGGAGCCAGAUGUAGCUAGCCCCGCUGUCUUCUGA